UGCUGAUCACUCUCUUUAAAAAGAUGGCGGCAGAAAAGAAAAAGCCUCACAGCAGAUUCUUGUUUACCGAUGAUAACGGAGAACCCAUCGUAUUUUACAUGAGGCCAUGUGCCCAAAAAAUAACACUCAAGCCUUUGAUAGAGGAUGGAGGUGGAGGAAUGACAGUGAAGGUAACAAGGAAAUGCAUCAAACUGACUGUGGAAAGCGACCAAAUUUCCUCUGAUGAUUAUAUAUCUACAAAAUACAUCCUGGAUUGUGUGGAGAGUAAUAAGCUGCUGGCUAUGGAUAAAUACAGAUUAAAACCAAAGAGAUGUAGUACUGAUCAUAAUUAUGCUGUUAAUGAAGUGGACCCUGUAGAUGACCUCAGUCCAGCCUCCAAGAUACAGAGGACAGAAGCUCUUCCAUUAGGACGCACCAAAUAUUCCUUGGCAGAUGACUUAGCUAUUUUAAAACACUUUGAGAAGAACAGAGAAUUGGUUUCCAUGUGCAGUGGCCUAAAGAUUUGGCGAGAUAUGAGUUUGGUAAAGGUGACAGACCACUCAGCUGAGUCCAUGAAGGACAGAUUUAAGAAGCGAAUCCUGCCGAACAUUGAUUCAUAUGACGUGUCCAGAAACAUAAAGUUUCUGUUAACCAAAAAUGCAAAAUAUCUUGCAGAUUCAGAUCACCUUAUAGAAGAAAAUAAAGAAGUUUCGAAAAAGCCUGCUACAGAGAGUUCUCGUGAGCUAAAUCAGACUUUGAGUGACCAAAGAGAUUCAUUUGAUGAAUACUUAUUGGGUAGUAUUGUCAUUUCUCGUAAAAAGCGAAGUAACUCUCAGAAGUCUCUUCAGGUUGUGUUAAGAGACUUAAGCCUAGAGUCUGAUAAAGGAAAAUCCUCUCCAGUUAAGCAAGCCGUACCUAAUUCUCCAUCACUGAAGGAAAAUAAAGCAAUGAAAGAAAAACAAUUAAAGCCGAAUUUGAAACCACAUUGUGAUAAGUCAAAUGACAAUGAAAAAUCAGAAAACAUUUCUAAGGAAGGGUUAAGAAAUUCCUCACAAGCAUCCAAAUCGCCAAAAGUCAAGUGUCCCAGAAGACCUGAGGAAGCCGAUAGACAUAAUGGUAUUGACUUUAAGAAAAGAAAGUUAACUGUUGUCGAGCAUUCAACAGACUCGGAUUCAAAGCAAAAUAAGGAAGGAGAUCGGUCCAGCACUAGAUUGAAAAAGAAACCCAAGACCGGGAUGAAUCAGCCCAACAUGAUUGAAACACAAAGGGACAAUAGCUCCACAAAGACAACUUCAGCAAAAACAAACCUACCUUUAACGAGGAACAAUGUGGCAAAUUGCAAUGGACGAAAUCGCACAUCUGAUAGAAAAGGGAAUACAGCCAAUCAAAAUGAGAGAGCUGGACGGCUUGAUUAUGUUAUGGAGAAAUUCUUAGAAUCCCAAAAUGAUGAAGUCGCUUCGCAAGAGCACAUUGUCAAUGAUUCAGAGAAAGAAGACAGUGAGCAGGAGGAGGUAGAAGAAUGGGAAAUCGAUGAAACUGUCGAGUUAGUCCAGGAACUGAUGGAGAGGUACAGUCUGACAGCUAAACAGGUUCUUCAUGCCUUCUAUAUCAAUAAUGGCUCUACCGAGGACGCGAUUUGCUGGAUAGAGACGGGCCUCGACACAGCAGGUUUACCGCCCUGGGAUUACCGUGACGACGACAGACUGAUGUCAGGUAAUUGGAACGAACUGGAAACACUUAAGGGAAAGUAUGGUAUAAAGGUAGUCAAUAACAGAAUGCUUUUCCUUGAAGGAGUUUGAUUGUUGAAACCAAAACUCAAUAGGGAUAAGGACAGUCACUUUCUAGGAAAAUGAAGGACUCCACUAGUUUUCGCUUGAUUACCAAGCCUCAGAAAGGAAAAUGUAAGACUUGCAUGACUCCACUGGUGUUCACUGGUUACUGAGUCUUGGGAAAGUGUAGGUCACACGACAAAGGUGGUCAACAACUAUUUGUUCCUAAUGGAAGCAUUUGGACACAUGACUCUAGAGUGGUCAUCGACUAUACUGGCCACAGGGAAUUUAGGUCACAUGACAAGUGAUAAUCAACUAUUUGUUCAGAAGGAAGAGAUAGGUUACAUGAUUCUGCAGUGAUCACGGCUUCUGAGCCUGGAUGGUAGGAGGUCAUAACUUACACUUGUUUAGGCAUCUGUAGGUCACAGGAAAGAAAAGUUAUCAACAUGUAUUUGUGGAAGUGUGUAAGGAAGUGUGGGGCCACAUGACUCUGCAGUGAUCACCGACUACUUGUAGGUCAAAUGACUUCACCAGCUGCCAGACCUCAGCAACUGUAGGUCACAUGACUCAACAAGGAUCACAAGCCGCCAGAACUCAGCAACUGUAGGUCACAUGACUCAACAGAGAUUACCAGCCGCCAGAACUCAGCAACUGUAGGUCACAUGACUCAACAGAGAUUACCAGCCGCCAGAACUCAGCAACUGUAGGUCACAUGACUCAACAGAGAUUACCAGCCGCCAGAACUCAGCAACUGUAGGUCACAUGACUCAACAGAGAUUACCAGCCGCCAGAACUCAGCAACUGUAGGUCACAUGACUCAACAGAGAUUACCAGCCGCCAGAACUCAGCAACUGUAGGUCACAUGACUCAACAGAGAUUACCAGCCGCUGUGCCUCGGGCAACUUUAAGUCAAAUAAAAAUUAAACAAUUUUUAUCUUUGACUUGGCUUGAGAAGCUGUUGGUCAUUUGAUUGAACAAUGAGUGAUGGCUGCAUUGUCCUGAUUCUUAACAAAGGAAUCAACAUCACAAGUGAUGUAUGAUGCAGUUAUCAUUAGUAAAUUGGUUGUGAUUUUUUUGUGAACUGUUUUGAAGAUUGUUGAUCAUGCAGAACAUAAGGUUAGGUAAUAUAAUCCCACCAUGAAUCUGAAAUUAAACUUUAUAUUACCGUGUCAAAUACAGAAUAAUCUGUCUGAUCCUAAUUCCUGUUCAUAACAUCUAGGAAUUUUGGUCCAAGAAUUUUCCCUCUAAAAUCAUUCCGUAUUCAUCCUCAAGUAAACCCUGUCCCCUAGUGAGAUAGUGUUAGUGUAAAAGUUUGGGAUAGGCUUUUUUGAUUCUAGAAAAGAUGAGUAUGCAAAAAAAAAAAAAAAAACAG